AUGGUUUCUAUAUAUUUUGAAGCCACAGAUUUGCUGCUGUACCAAAUUUCUGUAAUAUUCUGCGUGGACUAUUUCGGCUAUCAUGUACCCCAUAAUACUAUAGAAUCAGCAGGCUUAUAUAGUGCACUUAAAAAACCGGACUCCGUUCAGAAGAAAUUCAUUUUUUUCUAUGUAUCUUUUGUAGUUCUUGGGCAAACUAAGACGUCUGUUAAAGAAAAAGUUACAUCAAGUUAUUAUGAAAAACCGAGAGUCCGAUUUUCUUCAGUUUAUUAUGCAAUGUCAAUGGUAACGAUUAAAGAUGUUUUCCGACUAAAGACCAACUCCCUUUGGUUAAAGAAGUCUUUGAGCUGGGAAAGAGUGGUAGCUCAAAAUAUAAUUUCAUAUCUUGAUCUUUAG